AAAAGGAGUAAAGGCCCUCUCAGAAGGGUUUAACACUUGACUGCACCGUCCCCAGGCAGACCGCCGGGCGUAAUUAAACCUUCCAUCGCAUCCUCUCCAAUAGAGAUGGCUUCAGUAUUUUCGAGUUCCACCUGAAGCCACAACUUAGCAACAGUAUAUUCCUCCUUCAAAUUUCAGGAACCUGAGGGAAAGAAUAAGUUUGUUUGUUCCACUAACAAAAGGGGAAAAGUUCAUUGUUUUAUUGGCGCAAAAAGCUAUUCGAUUGCUAUUUCUGCGUUAAUUGGCCUAAGAGCUCAGCUUGCAAUUUUCAUCUCUUCCUACUUCCUUGAAUGUGGAUCGUGAAGAUUCAGUUUCUCGAUAUUUGUUGCAUUUACUAAUUCUUGAAAAUUUUCUAGUAAUGAAAUGGAACUUCGACAAAGUAGAACAAGGUUUAUAGCAAUGGAAUCCACAUCCAACGCACAAAUAAGCAUUUGUGAAAAUCAACAACCCCAACAACCAAAGAUACAAAUAUAUUCACCUUCCAAUGAUGAAGUGUCGGCUUUCUGGAGAGAGAAGUAUGAAAAAGAUGCAAAGAAGUACUGGGACAUUUUUUAUAAACGCCAUCAGGACAAGUUCUUCAAGGAUCGUCAUUAUUUGGACAAAGAAUGGGGACACCACUUCUCUGGAGAAGGAAGAAGAGUCAUUCUAGAGGUUGGCUGUGGAGCUGGAAAUACUAUCUUUCCCUUGCUUGCAACCUACCCAGAUAUACUUAUACAUGCUUGUGAUUUCUCACCACGUGCUGUAAAUUUGGUUAAGAUGCACAAGGACUUCACAGAGGCCAGAGUCAAUGCAUUCGUUUGUGAUCUUACCAUAGAUGACCUAUCCCUGCAUGUUGCUCCUUCUUCAGUGGACAUUGUAACAAUGAUAUUUGUUUUAUCUGCAGUAUCCCCAGAAAAAAUGCCUAUGGUGGUGCAGAAUAUCAGAAAAGUCCUCAAGCCAAAUGGUCGUAUAUUGUUUCGUGAUUAUGCAACUGGUGAUCUUGCUCAGGAAAGGUUCACUGGCAAGGAACAAAAGAUCAGCGAAAACUUCUAUGUUAGGGGUGAUGGCACUCGAGCUUUCUACUUUUCUGAUGAGUUCUUGAGGAAUAUUUUCAAAGAAAAUGGAUUCAACAUGGAAGAACAUGUCCUGUGUUGCAAGCAAGUGGAAAAUAGAUCAAAAGAGAUCGUAAUGAAUCGCCGGUGGGUUCAAGCUGUAUUUCAGCAAGCUGACACCGACAGCAGGGAGGGUGCCUCAACUGGAAAUGAACCAACAGAUUUACAAGGGGAUUGUGAUAAAAGAACAAAUGAUAUCAAUGGGUUUGAAAUUGAUAUGUCGGAGGGAAUGGCUUUUGAAAUGUUUGGUAUUUCAUCUUCCAGUGAAGAGAUUAUCGAACUCACUAUAAGGGACUGCCUUUUCAAGAUAAAAGUACUUUCGAAAGAGUAUCAACACACCUGCACGUCAACCGGCUUAAUGCUGUGGGAAUCAGCAAGGUUAAUGGCGUCUGUCCUUGCUGCAAAUCAAGAGAUUGUUGCUGGGAAAAAGGUUUUAGAACUCGGAUGUGGCUGUGGGGGAAUUUGUUCAAUGGUAGCUGCUAGAUCCGCUAACCUUGUGAUUGCCACUGAUGGAGACAUAAAAGCACUUGAUUUGUUGACUGAAAAUAUAGCCUCAAAUCUCAAAUCACUAUCUCUUGAUUCUUUAAAGGUGAAGAAACUGGAAUGGGGCAAUGGAAACGACAUAGAGGCCAUCAAGGAACUGAAUGAGAAAGGCUUCGACAUCAUAAUUGGGACAGACGUGACUUACAUUCCUGAGGCAAUCAUACCAUUGUUUGCAACUGCUAGAGAAUUGAUUUCAACGACCAGAGUUACAGAAAACAACACAGAGCCAGCUUUGAUUCUAUGCCAUGUUUUGCGCAGAGUUGAUGAAACUUCUAUUCUAUCAGCGGCAUCUAAAUAUGGCUUCAGGCUGGCGGACAGGUGGCCUGAUCAUCGAACCCCAAAUAGCAUGUACCAGGGCAUCAUCAAGAGUUGGUUUUCUGACGAGUGCCAAUAUGAAAUUCCAUCUACAGCGCUUAAUAUUAUGUAUUUUCACAUUGCAUAGAGACGGACUAUUGCAUUUUUACUAAUAAUGUGUAUUUUGUUUUGUAUUUCAUAAUGGCCUUUACCUUGUACUGAUCUUAAUGAGGGCUGUAAGACGCUCAAACCAUUCUAUUCUUACUUUAUUCGGAAGGGUCUCUAAUCUCUAUCA